CACUCAUCGCACAUGCUGCUAGUGUUUAUCUCUUUUACAUUAGCUAAGGAUUAUAAUGUGGUUAAUGAACAGAUUUGCUGUGUCUCUGAGGACUCUUCAGAAGCUGACGGGGGCGUGCCGAUGGCAUCAUACUAGUCUGACAAAUUUGUUCUUGCAAUGCCACAACAAAUUACAGGGAUGCAAACUCAUGAGGGGCGAAAAAGAUGAGUUGAUUGAAAACAUGGACAAAAAAGCAACAUGGGACAGAUUCUACACAGAAAAUGCAAGCAAAGGCAACUUCAAAAAUUUUGAGUGGUUCUUUGGCUUUCACUCAGUUCAGGACUUCAUUCUUCCUGUACUUCAGACCAUGUCUCAUUCCCACAGUGGCCCAUUGCACAUCCUAGACAUGGGCUGUGGCACAUCCGCCUUAGGACCCUGUAUUUACCGAAACUCUCCAUGUCCUGUCAAGGUCACCUGUGCUGAUAUCUCCCCGGUGGCAGUGCAACUUCUGGAGGAGCACACCAAGACUACACCAGCAGAGCCACAGAAUCCAUCCUCUGCUCUUGCCUUCCUAGAGCUGGACUGCACACUGUUAAAAGGACACUUUGGGACCAGAAACCUGGACUUGAUUUUGGACAAGGGUACAACCGAUGCUUUAGUUAGGUCUAAAGAAGGGCGAGUUAAGGCUGGCCAAAUAGUACAGCAAUGUUUACAGGUACUGAGACCCUCAGGAAGUCUCUUACAGUUCUCAGAUGAGGAUCCUGAUGCCAGGCUUGUAUGGCUGGAGACAGAGGUUAGAACAGCAAAGCUGGCAGCUGAUGUGGGAGUUCAAGAAGUGGGGGAAUUGAGAGGGGUCAGUUAUUUUUGCUAUCAGAUUACUCCUCGUAUUGCCCCGCAUUUACAAAUUUAAUGAAUGCAAAAUCCUCUGCACUCGAGUUUCCAACCAAAUAAUAUUGUUUAAUAAUUUUUAUUAAGUCAGCACGGAAAAUGUAACCAUGUGCUUUUUGCACAAUAUACAACUGGCCUAAAAAAAAAAUCCUGUUUGCAUCAUUUGCAUUAACUAAACAAGAAACUUGUUUUAAACUUUGUAGAAAAAUAAUUGUUUAUUUCAGAGUAAAAUUUCAGAGUUAUUUCUGUGAU